CUUACUUGACAACGCAGAUUGAGUCGACACUUCUGAGUUCCCUUUAUUAGCAUUGCUUCUCUCACUCCUACCACAGCAGACCAACAUGAAAUAUUGCUCCUUCAGUCUCUUCAUAUUUUCCGCCCUUGUCUUUCUCUCCUUUGUACGUUCGACCAGAGCUGCCUCGUGUCAUCCUGAUGAUGAGGCUGGUCUUCUAGCUUUCAAAUCGGGUAUAACCCAAGACCCUACGAGUAUUUUCAGCUCCUGGAAGAAAGGUACCAACUGCUGCUCCUGGAAAGGUGUCACCUGCACCGCCGGCGACCGCGUCACCUUACUGGAAGUAUAUGGGCGUUCCGAUGCUGGUGAAGCCUUUCUCGACGGCAGUAUCUCACCAUCUUUGGCCAAACUCAAACACCUCAACGAGGUUCACAUGACAGAUCUCGGAAAUAUCAGUGGAUCUUUCCCCCCGUUCUUGCUCCAAUUACCAAAGCUAAAGUACAUUUAUAUCCAGAACAACCGUCUAUCUGGUCCCCUUCCAACCAACAUCGGUGUGUUAAGCCAGUUGGAACACCUAGAUCUUGAAGGAAAUCGGUUCACCGGUUCGAUCCCAAGUUCUAUAUCCAAUCUUACUCGGUUAUCUCGACUUAACCUUGGCGGCAACCGCUUCUAUGGCACCAUCCCAGAUAUUUUCAAACCUAUGACGGAUCUACAAUAUCUUAAUCUCUCCCGCAACAGAUUCUUCGGGAAACUUCCUCCGUCGGUUGCAUCGCUCGCACCAACUCUCUGGGCCCUAGUAGUGGGCCAGAAUAAACUAUCGGGGACGAUCCCGGACUAUUUAUCAAGUUUCGAGCAUCUGUCCUUGUUGGAUCUCUCUAGGAACCGGUUCUCAGGUGUUGUACCAAAGAGUUUCGCCAAUCUAACCAGAUUAUAUGAUCUUAAUCUUUCCCACAAUCUUCUGACCGGUCCUUUCCCUACACUGGACGUGAGAGGCAUGGAAUCUCUAGAUCUCUCAUACAACAAAUUUCACAUGAAGACCAUUCCAAAAUGGGUGACACUGUUGCCGAUCAUAUACUCGUUAAAACUAGCAAAAUGUGGGAUCAUAAUGAGCUUAGACGAUUGGAACCCAGUGGCACCCUUAAGCUAUGAUUCCAUUGAUCUGUCCGAGAACGAGAUCUCAGGGAGUCCAGAAUGGUUACUAAACCAGACGACGUUUAUGCUGGAGUUCCGGGCAUCAGGGAACAAACUAGGAUUUGACUUGGGGAAGUUGACGUUCUCAAAGAGGAUGAUAACGCUGGAUCUGUCAAGGAACUUAAUAUUUGGGAAGGUACCGGCCAUGGUGGCUGGGCUGCAGAAACUGAACUUGAGUCAAAACCAUCUUUGCGGAAAGCUUCCGUCUACUCAUUUUCAGGCCAACGCGUUCGCUGGCAAUAACUGUCUAUGCGGUGCCCCACUUUCUCCUUGUAAAUCUUAGCGGCAAAAACCUAUGUUUACUUGUUACACAAAUAAGAUCUGUAUUUACAAAUUAAAAUUUUAAGUUAUAAACAAGUUUCAUUAUGAUACCAUCAAA